CGCGCAUUCCUCCUUUCGGCGAUUCCGGUAACGGAUUAUCGCUUGGAAAAGAAAACUUAUUUAACGCCUUUCUUCCGGUGGCAGUGAGUGUGAAUCAACGAAACGAAAGCAGCGGAGAUUGGAGCACAAUAUUGGCACAACGUGACUGGUUGAUUUUCGUGUUCUGAUUCCAGAAACUCGGAAUGGGAUUACGGAGCAAAGUGCUAUGAGUGGAAAGUGAAGCUAAUCAAACAUUGUUGUGUUGGAUGUUGGUAUAGAAGAAAGCGAAAACUGAUUGACUAGAACAUACGGUGGAAGAAGUUUAAGAAUUGAUACAGAACAAAAACAUGAAGGUGCUACUACUGGUUUGCAGCUUCACGGCGGCGGUGGUCACUGCCUUGGGCGAACAAUGUCCAGAUCAAACACGACCUCAUGCAACCCGCUGCGAUCAGUACUUCCGAUGCGUGCUGCUGCCGUCGAAAACGCACGUCUGGAUUCCGACGAAGUGCGAUAAGGGCCUAAUCUAUGAACCACAGCUUAAGACCUGUGUUUUGCCUGGUGACGAAUGGGAGUGCAAUCUUUCGGCUGAGGUGGGCAACGAGAGCGGUGAGAACGUGUACGGGAUCAACAAUUUGCCUGCGGCCAUCUACACGGGGCCAACGGUUAACCCAGUUCGACUGACAACGCCGCUUGGUUCCAUAGAGAGCGAUGUGAGCGUAACGGAGAAUGGCGGAGAGGGUUUCGUCGACGGCGGCGUCGGUGGCAGUAACACUGAAGAAGUGACCGAUUCGGUAGCGGCUACCACCAUCGGUCAACAGCAAAUAACGAACCUUCCCACCGUCAGUGGGGACAAUGAAGGUUAUUAUAUUGUAUUGGAUGGCGAUGGAAACAAUCGGACAACCAUCUAUCACACACCGGCUCCGUAUGAGGUGGAAGAAACAGAGGAAUUCAGUGGAGAUGGUAUGAUUGAGGAUGCUAGGCCGACAAUUGGUUUGAACUUCGAAGGAGAUACAGAAGAGAAGCAUUCCUCCUCGAUGAUGACUUCUGAUGAGAAUAUGGAAUUGUCCAAAAAUGAUUUAAAUCUAUUCCUGGCGGAUUAUACACUACAGACGAGCAGUGAAGCUCCUUCGCACAACAAGAAGAAGAAACAUCCACUGCCUCCGAAUGGCAAGAUACAUCCUGAACAUCUAACGGCAAUUUUGAACCAACAGAAGAAAUUGAACCGAUAUGCUUCUCAAAUCAAACGCAAAGGAGAUCCAACCGGAGGAGUUGGCAAUAGGUCACCUUUCUCCGAUCAACCGGUGUUUACUAGUCGCCCGGAGGGGUCGGUCUUGUUCAAUGUGCCACAGAGAAUUCCGGAAGAAUCGAAUACAAAGGCUCCCUUCAUGUCCGAGGAUGUGAUACGGAGCAUUAUCGAGAUUUCUAAACAGAUGAUGUCAAACCAGAAACCUUCGAUGGAAGAGAUGUACGUGAAGCCGAUUUUCAUUCCAAUUUCAGUCAGCUCGGCUGCGCAAGAUUUCACCAGACUCCCUGAACAACCGAGCAAGAUCAUGUACCACCACCUGUUUCCAUCGCUUUCCAAUAAUAGCUCACAGUUCAGUCCGAAACCGAUUGGAAUUACUAUAACGAACCCUUACACUCUAGGUCACCAAGCCACGAUUUACGACAACUUGCGCAAUCAGAUCAUGAACGGUUCGCAGUACUACAACUACCAAACGGCAAUGGUAGACAGUUAUGGAAGCCGUUUCCCGCCACAGCAGGUGCCGAAUGCCCCGCCAAUGUACCCAUAUCCGCCACCCAUGGCCUAUCCAGUCUACAGCCAGCAGAACUACCAGUACCCCAGCAACCAGCAGAACUUCCAGUAUCCCAAUAAUCAGCAGACCUAUCAGUAUCCCAAUCCCUACUACAGCCUCCCACAAGUUAUGAACCGCCUACGGAACACUGCCAGUUACGAUAACGAUAAUUCGCAGUCGAAUGAGAAUACCAUUUCCGAUGAAGAGGACGAUGCAUCGGCCGAACUGCCGGAGAAAGAAGAACCUUCAACUCCUAAUGAGCAAUCCUCGGAGGAAAACGACGAGGUCCUCGAAGAUACCGGCUCGAAGAAACUUAUUUCUGUAGGAGGAUAUACCUUGAACUACAACGACUAUAAGGACAGCAUCCUUCCUCUAUUGGACGCAAACCCAGACGAAGUCCGCAUCUCCGUCCUGACCUGUACUCUCGGAUCGCGGCAACCGAACAAGACCGAAUGCACCAAGUACUACGUAUGCAAUCCCCAUAACGGAGCAUUCCAAUCCUUCACUUGUCCCUCGUUCACCGCCUUCAACGCGGAAACCCGCGUUUGCGACUCAGCCACGUACAAAUCCUGCAAAACGGUCAAACCAACUACCACAACUCCUGUACCCAUCACUCUUUCUCGAUUGACUCAAAAUGCACACAAGACUAAGCCGAAUAACCAGGACAAGCUGAACAAAUAUGUCGACAUGAUCACAAAGGAAGCCUACAAGAUUCUCAGUCGUAAUAAGAUACCAACUGAAUAUCCCGAAGAGCCCCAAAAUGACGGCAUGAUCCGCAUCACAGCGCCUACCAUGUCCAGCAGUAUGCUGCCAUCGCUGCCAUCCAUCACCAUGCCAACGGUCCCUUCAUCGACGAAGCGGUUGCAAGCAAAACCUAAGCGAAAGCACAGCAAAAAGCGAACAUCAACCAAGACAAACCGGAAAUCUGUGCGAAAAUCUACGACCACACCGACGACAACGACGACCACGGAGGCACCACCGAAGGCACCCAAGUGUAAGAAGAAUGGAAAAAUGUCUGAUCCGGCGGAGAAGCACAACUACUACGUGUGCUACAAGGCCAAUCCGAAGAAGUUUAUCAAAACGAAAAUGGCCUGCCCGAACAACCUGGUGUACUGUGGGAGUACGGGGUACUGUACGUAUGCGAAGAACUGUAAAAAUUAGC